AUGGCUCGCGAAGGUGGGCAGGAUUGACGAGGCCGAGAGGCAGCUAAAGCGCCUGCUGGGUCCCUCCCAGGCUGCUGCUGCUGCAGCGGAGCUCUCCUCCUCCUCGCCUCAACCUGUUGCCUCCGCCAAGGGAGCAGCAGGUGCAGCGGUGGAUGGGUUGGCGGAGGCAGAGGCAGGUGUUGCGAGGAAACGGGCAGACGAAGCACCUGCCGCAUCGUUCUUCACCCUCUUUUCGAAUCGCUACCGCAAAGUGGUGCUGCUGGGCAUGGCGCUGUUCGCAGUGCAGCAGUUCGCGGGCAUCAACGCCAUCAUCUACUACUCCUCCUCUGUCUUCCGCUCCGCCGGCGUUCAAUCCGACGUCGCUGCCAGUGCCCUUGUGGGCCUCGCCAACGUGCUAGGCACGGCAGUCUCACUCAACCUGGUGGACCGUCAGGGCCGCAAGAGCCUGCUCAUGGGGUCCUUUACCGGCAUGGGCUGUUCGAUGCUGCUUCUAGCCCUCACGCUCUCCUUCCCGCCACUCCAGCCCGUAGCAGCGCCGCUCUCUGUGUUGGGAACAGUCGCCUACGUUCUCUCCUUUGCCAUGGGAGCCGGACCCGUGCCGGCCCUACUCCUCCCCGAGAUCUUCCCCUCCAACAUCCGCGCCUCUGCUGUGGCAGCAGCGCUCACCACGCACUGGCUCUGCAACUUCGUCAUAGGCCUCUCCUUUUUAGGGUUUGUGAAGGUGGUGGGUGUGGCGGCGGCAUACGUGGGGUUUGCGGCGGUGUGCUUUGUCGGGGUGGUGUUUGUGCGCGCGUGUGUGGUGGAGACCAAGGGGCGGAGCUUGGAGGAGAUUGAGCGGGAGCUUCUUGUUCAUCUCCUCGCUCCUCUCAAUUCCGCCCCGCUCUACGCGCCCACACGCGCACUUCCCGUUCCUCUCUCGCGCGCGCUGCUGCUACUUUUCGCCGCCGUGUCACCUCUCCGCGCUACGCUCCAUUCCUCUCCACCCCUCCCACAUCCUUUCCUCGCUUCCGCAACCGGCCAACAGCAACGAAGGGGUCUGGUGGCCGGACCAUCGAAAAUCAACCUAGCAGCCGCGCCGUCCGCCGUUGCGCGGGCAGCGGAGCCAUCUAAUUUCAACGUGCUGGAAGGGGCGGCGGAGAGCAGCGGACGCGUGUUCAUCACCGCGUAUGACGAUAAGGGCUUCACGGUGGGCGGCAGGGACCUGGACUCCUCCAUCCUCUGUGUGGGUGACGUGGCGCUCUGCUGGUCGCCCUCCUGCCUCGCUGACGUCACACCCGACAGCCUGGCUCUCUUUCAGCUCAUUCGCCCGCAACCAGAGCUGCUGCUGCUGGGCACGGGGCAGCGCAUGCAGGCAGUGCCGGGAGAGUUGAGGGAGUUCGUGAGGGCGUGUGGCAUGAAGCUCGAAGUGCUCUCCACUCGCCAUGCCAUAUCCACACUCAACGUGCUCAACGAGGAGGGAAGGUCCGUUGCUGCUGCGCUUCUGCUGCCCUCCGCCUGA